GUAUUUCCCCUCCAUUCCCUCGCCUGUUCAUUCUCUCAAACCAUCGUCUCUCAAUCUCGAUUUUCUCCUCACUCUCGCUUCUGGUUAGGGCGCACCACCACUAACCGGCUCACUCUUGAUUCUGUUAUACUUUCAGCAUACAUCCACCAUGGUAGAAGGAGCCCGAGUCCGACUUAGGGGUUGGCAGCAGGCUGCAGUUGCUCUUGGGUCUGCAGUUGGUGCAUUAGUGGACCCAAGAAGAGCCGAUCUGAUAGCCGCUUUGGGGGAAACAACUGGGAAGCCCGCUUUUGAGAGGGUACUUGAAAGGAUGAAAAGGAACCCUGAAGGCAGAGAAAUACUUUUGGACCGCCCUCGUGUCAUCUCUAAAAACGUAGGACACGCGUGGGACCUACCAGAAAACACAUUUGGUGCUGCAUAUGCAAAGUUCAUGGGAUCUAGAAACUUCUCCCCGGAUGAUAGGCCGCCAGUGAGGUUCAUGGAAACCGAAGAGCUCGCAUACGUAGCUAUGCGUGCACGUGAAGUGCACGAUUUCUGGCACACCCUCUUUGGCCUUCCAACCAAUUUGAUUGGCGAAUCAGCCUUAAAAGUCAUAGAGUUCGAGCAAAUGUUGCUUCCAAUGUGCUUCUUUUCUGUGGUCGGAGGAACGGCAAGGUUCAACGACAAGCAAAGAUCGUUAUUUUACCAGCAUUACUUUCCUUGGGCAAUUCGGGCAGGUAUGAAAUCCACCGAUCUUAUGUGUGUUUAUUACGAGAAGCAUUUUCAUGAAGAUUUGGAGGACGUAAGACGGAGAUGGGGUAUUAUACCCGCUCCUUCCAUUUAACGCUAGUUUGAUUCGGUUUUCAUGAUGCUCGAUAGGAGAUUUGGGAGGGCUGGUAAAUCCCACAUGUUAUUUCGAGUGAGAUAUACCGAGUUUUAGUUUGGUCGGAUUGGCAAAUAAGAGCUCUUGUUAAGUUUGUAAAUACUUGUAAAGACUAUAGCUGGGCACAACAUAUAAAGUUUGUAGUUGAAUUAUGAAUUGGAUCAACAUGUUCACAAGAUAAUUGUUAUUUAUUGGAAUUUAUGGGAGGUUCUGCUUGGUUUGUAA